GACAUCCUUCGGAUCCACCUCUAGACUCGCGCUCCUGCGCUCCUGCUGCGGGUGUGGCGCCACCAGGAGGUGCCGGAAACCCCGGAGAGAGCGCCGGGUUCCCGACGCCCGGGAUGGAACUGUUGACAUUCAGGGACGUGGCCGUUGAUUUCUCCGAAGAGGAGUGGGGAUGCCUGGAGCCAGCUCAGCAGAAUUUAUACAGAGAAGUGAUGUUGGAGAACUACAGGAACCUGGUCUUCCUGGCCAAGGCCUCUCAUCAUACCCAGGAAAUUUCACCAGAGCCUGGCAUAGAACUUUUAUUUAAAAAAUUGAUAAAGAGAAGAUAUGGAAAUUGUAACCCUCACUAUUUACAAAAAAAGAAAGUAUGGGACAGUCUAGGUGAGAGUGAAGGUCAGAAAUCAUAUUAUAAAGGACAAGACAAAUUAGUUGUGACUGUGCAUAAUGAAAACCUUACUGUCAACAGACCUCAAGAACAUUUAACAUCUCAGAAAAGUAUUCAAUUCUUACCUGAAGGACAAGUUUCUAAAAGUGAUCCUUUUGGAAGUUUCUUUACAAAGUGUCCAUUAUUCUGCAGUGAACAAAGAAUUCCUUCCUGUGCCCAAACAUACACUUUCAAUGAUUGUGGGAAUGUUCCUGUGUACUCAUUACUGCUUAAUCAAAAUUCAGAUGUAGAUUUCUGUAAAGUAUGUAGCAUGUGCAAUGAAGCAAGCAACACCUUCAGCCAGGUCUCUGCCCCAAGCAAUUACCAGUGCACUUAUGUUGGAGGAAAAGAGUAUGAAUGUAGCAAGACACAGAACUUCAGCUCUGGUUGCAAUACGAGAAAACACAAGUGUGCUCAUUGUGCACAGAACCUUUACCAUGACGACAGGUGUGGGAAAGUCCCUCCUCAGUGCUCAGAGCUCAUUGCCCCUCCAGGUGCUCAGAGCCAAGAGAAGCCUUGGACAUGUGAGGAAUGUGAGAGAGCUUCCCAUCCAACUGCAAGACCUCCUGAACACAGGGGAGCUCAGCCUGCAAGGGAGCCACGCAAAGUGAAGGAGCGUGUCCAAGCAUGGAGUUCUGCACCCCUUUCUAAACAUGUCGGGUACCACAGUAGUGAUCAACUUGACAAGUUUAAAGAAUGUGGCAAAACUUUGAAUCAAGGACCACCCCCUGUUAAGCAGCACAGAAUUCACACUGCAGAGAAACCCUACAAAUGUGGACAAUGUGGCAAAUCCUUUAAAAAUUGCUCAACCCUUUCUAAACACCUGAGAUGGCAUAGUAGUAAAAAAACCUACAAAUGUAAAGAAUGUGAAAAAGUUUUUAAGAAUUUUUCAACCCUUGCUCAACACCAAAGGAUUCAUACUGGAGAGAAGCCCUACAAAUGUGAAGAAUGUGGCAAAGCUUUUACUUUCAGAUCAAACCUUAUUAAUCAUCAGAGACUUCAUACUGGAAAGCAUCCCUACAAAUGUGAAGAAUGUGGGAAAGUCUUAACAAAAAGAGGAUACCUUCCUGAACACCAGAGAAUUCAUUCUGGAGAGAAGCCCUACAAGUGUAAGGAAUGUGGGAAAGGCUUUAAUCGAAGAGCACACCUUGAUGAACACCAGAGAAUUCAUACUGGAGAGAAGCCCUACACUUGUAAGAAAUGUAGUAAAGCUUUUAAUGCUUAUUCAUCCUUUACCAAACACCAGAGAAUCCAUACAGGAGAGAAGCCCUACAAAUGUGAAACAUGUGGCAAAGCUUUUAAUCGAAGAGCACACCUUACUCGACACCAGAGAAUUCAUACAGGAGAGAAGCCCUACAAAUGUAAGAAAUGUAGCAAAGCUUUUAGGGAACAUUCAUCCCUUACCAAACACCAGAGAAUUCAUACUGGAGAGAAGCCCUAUAAGUGUGAAGAAUGUGGGAAAAGUUUUACUCAAAGAGUAGGCCUUACUCAACAUCAGAGAAUUCAUGCAAGAGACAAGCCCUACAAAUGUAAUGAGUGUGGGAAAGCUUUUAAUCAAAGCUCACACCUUAUGCAACACCAGAGAAUUCAUGCAGGAGAGAAGCCCUACAAGUGUGAAGAAUGUGGGAAAGAUUUUACUCAAAGACCUCACCUUACUGAACACCAGAAAAUUCAUACUGGAGAGAAGCCCUACAAAUGUGAAGAAUGUGGGAAAGGUUUUACUCAAAGACCUCACCUUACUGAACACCAGAGAAUUCAUACUGGAGAGAAGCCCUACAAAUGUAAUGAAUGUGGGAGAAGUUUUACUCAAAGCUUAUGCCUUACCGAACACCAGAGAAUUCAUGCAGGAGAGAAGCCCUACAAAUGUAAUGAAUGUGGAAAAGCUUUUAAUCGAAGAGCAUAUCUUACUCAACACCAGAGAAUUCAUGCAGGAAAGAAACCCUACAAGUGUGAAGAAUGUGGCAAAGCUUUUAAUCAAAGAGCAUAUCUUACUCAACACCAGAGAAUUCAUACUGGAGAGAAGCCCUACAAAUGUAGUGAAUGUGGGAAAGGUUUUACUCAAAGCUCACACCUUACUCAACACCAGAGAAUUCAUGCUGGAGAGAAGCCCUACAAAUGUGAAGAAUGUGGCAAAGCUUUUAAUCAAAAAGCCUACCUUACUCGACACCAGAGAAUUCAUACUGGAGAGAAGCCCUACAAAUGUGAAGAAUGUGGGAAAAGUUUUACUCAAAGAACAUGCCUUACUCAACACCAGAGAAUUCAUGCAGGAGAGAAGCCCUACAAAUGUAAUGAGUGUGGAAAAGCUUUUAAUCGAAGAGCAUACCUUACUCAGCACCAGAGAAUUCAUGCAGGAGAGAAGCCCUACAAAUGUGAAGAGUGUGGCAAAGCUUUUAAUCAAAGAACAUGCCUUACCCAACACCAGAGAAUUCAUGCAGGAGAGAAGCCCUACAAAUGUAAUGAGUGUGGGAAAGUUUUUACUCAAAGCUCACACCUUACUCAACACCAGAGAAUUCAUGCAGGAGAGAAGCCCCACAAAUGUGAAGAAUGUGGGAAAGGUUUUACUCAAAGACCACACCUUACUGAACACCAGAAAAUUCAUACUAGAGAGAAGCCCUACAAAUGACAACAUUGUACCAAAGACUUUAAGGAUGGUGCAACCCUUAUUGCACACAACAGGAAUCAUAGUAGAGAGAAAUUAUACAAAGACCAAAAUGUGAUAGUGUCUCUAAAGUUGUUCACACCUUACUCAGCACCAGAGAGUUCAUAAUGGGGAGAGAUAAUACAAGUGUAAAAAACUAUUGCAAACCUUUUAGCAACUUUACAAACAUGGCUUAUCACUGGAGAAUUUAUAGUGCAUAGAAACCCUAAUCAAUGUAAAUACUGUGUCUGAGUCUUUACUAAAAUUUCAAACUUUUUUAACAUUAGAAACCUGAUAUCUAUAGGAUAUGUGGAAAGACAUUUGCCUGAAAUAUAUGCCUUAUAUAACAGCAAAAUAUCUAUAAUGAAGAAAACACUUUGAGAAAUAUUUUAAAAUAUAGCAAAGUCCUUAUUUGCACUUCAUAUCUUGAUGUGAGAAGGAAAUGAGGAAUUAUCUUUAACGUUUACUUAAAAUUUAUUAAACAUCCUUAGCUGAUACAGAAAUAAAGAAAUUCUCAUAAAGAAUCAUAGAAUAGUGCAGAAAACUUGUCUUAAAGAUUACUCAAUAUCCUCAAUUUUGAAAAUUGAAGAAAACAACUUAACUUAGAUUGUUUUAUCAAAAGACUUGUUCUUCAGAGUUGUUAAUCUAUA